GCAAAAACGUGUGAUCCUUUGUCUGCGGAUUCGGUACCCGAAACUACGACAGCGCCUACUGAGGACAAUAUCAGCAAAUCGACGAUUUCGAUUCGUUCCUACACCACCAAUACGGCUCCAAAAGUUCGCACAAGGUGUCGCACAGUGCACGAAUUACAGCCGCAAUCAUCUCAAUCAACGAUGAACUUGGAACGGCACAAGAAAAUACUCUGUGAUACGGAUGUUAUUGCAGGUGGUAGUUAUUGCAUGCAUGGCGAGCGAAGUGGCGAAAUAAUUUAG